AUGUCGGCCAUAAGGAUAGUUAUACUUGGAGAUGCGAAGGUUGGCAAAACAGGUGGGUGGAAUGAGUGAUUGUUGUGAGUCUUGAGAUGGAUGAACAACCAACGUUGUUUGUGUCAGUAAACGGUGUGGUUCGUAGAAUUUUGAAUAGGGGAAUAUCUAGGAAAAUCCGCACCCGGGACAAAGUCUGAAAAUGGGAACCCCCAACCCCCACCCACCCCCCGUUUCGUCAUUAGAUGAUAUAUAUUUAUGCUCUGUAUAUUAGCAUAAUUUAAUAUUUUGUCUUACCCUGAGGCCGGCACCUGGGGUGGUUGCCCCCUUCGCUGUCAACAAUCGAACAAAGAGACUCCUGCUCUUGAUUAUAAAAUUAGUACACUGUAAUAAGGUCCUAUAGUCAGGUCUUCUACUCAAUUCCUUUACUUAGGUCGUAUAAUCGGGUAGUGUCAUCAGGUCCAGUACUCAGGUCCUAAUUUCAUAUACUGUACUCAUUGUGUUGUAGCCUGUGUUUUACCUAAUUUUUUGCCUCAACGUGACGCUGCAGCGUCCACCACUUAUCUCCCCAUUUAUUUUUUUUUUGUUUUAUUUUGAUAUUGACGUCACUUAUUGAAAUGUGUAGCUCUCUAGCAUUACCCACCCCUCCCUUGAUUGGUAUAAGGUAUUUUUUUUCCACGUUCCAUUUUGUUAUAAAAUUUGCCAUUGGGUAAUGCAGUUUCUAGAAUUUCUUCUCUGGAGGGCUCUAACUACCUCCCUAUAAAUAAGUUAGCAGCUUUCCAAACCGGGAGAGAUUUAUGCUAAAUUUCCUAGAGUUAAUAUACGUAUAGGAGCCUUACAUGGUUGUACUCUUUGUAUAUGUAUGUAUUAAUAAUUGUAUCUUUCGAGGAUUUCACGUUUUCACUCGUUGUGCUGCAAGUCAAUAUAGUUUUUAUUUCUGUAUAUUUCAUUGUGUUCUUUUUAUAUCAAUUUUACAGUAUAAUUAAAUUGAAUGUUGUCAAAAUCACUAGCUUUGUUGUCGUUUGUUCUUUCUUUACCGGUUUUCAUCCCCUUUGUUUCGUAUUGUUCAAAGAACGAUCCAAAUCUGUAAAAAAAUAUUAAAUUUGCAAAAACCAUAUGACGGUACUUAACACAACCUGCACUCGGGUGCUGCAUAUGACGGUACGUAACACAUAACCUGCACUCGGGUGCUGCAUAUGACGGUACGUAACACAUAACCUGCACUCGGGUGCUGCAUAUGACGGUACGUAACACAUAACCUGUACUCGGGUGCUGCACCGACAGCUGUGAAUUAAGCAGUGCACUAAUAAGAGCUGAGCUGUUUGUUUCACGGUACUGAAAAGAAAGAAUAAUUUAGAUGAUGUUUGAUCAAACAAAAUUUCUGGAGUAGGUUUUAUAAAGAACGGUUGUUUCAAUUUGUGGAGUUUUUUUGGUGGUUUUUUCUUAAGGAACCAGCGAGAUGCUGUUGGUUUCUCUGGUGGGUGCAUGGAUCCCCUGAGUCUUGUGGAAGAAUACAACAAUUCUGGGCAGAGUGGGAGCAGGUAGUGGAGGGGGAUUUUUCAUGAUUUUUUUAAAAGGUUUUUUUUUUUCUAAGAGCUCAAUGCCUAAUGAUAAAUUGUUGUUUGGAGACAUAUUUGUCGGGAGAUUUCGAAUAAUAUUUUCGAAUAAGAUUUGAAGGAAUUCGGUAGGUAUAUUUUAAAGAGAUUUGGGAAUGAUAUUUUCUAUAGUAUACUGAAGGAGUUUUGAGAGAUUUUUUUUUUAAAAGAGUUUACGUCAAUAAAAUAUUAGCGAAACGUUAGUAAAUGUUCAUUCAUUGUGGCUCCAGUUAAGAAAAAAAGAAACGCUUGAAAAAAAUCCAAAAUAAAUGAUGUUUAAUAGCUGCUUAGUUGCGCAUCCCACAUCUAGACCAGACAUGUCCCAGCAGUUCACAUACAUAAUUAAACAAGUUUAUUCGGGACAGUAUUUAACGAAUGUCAUUGUUAGGUUUCCUGCUAAUUAUACCGUAAUCCUUUCAGCCGAUUUAAAAAAAAAAAAAAACCAACAACAACAAAAAACUCUUUGUUGAAUCAAAUAUUUGAUGGAAUUUUUUUUAUAUUUAAAAAGCAUCAGAAUUUUUUUUUUUUUUCCACUCAAAGUGAUAUAAUGAAGAAUCAAUACUUGAUACAGAAUCGGACAUUUUAACAGUUAUUUAUCGUCAUUUAAAUAGGGGGAGGGAGGGAGGGGGGAAUCUUACUUGAAACACCGCCACAUUCUAAAUCAAUCUGAAUGGGUGGUGGAGCAAAGCAGACCCCUGGCAGAUUUAGAACUCCCGAUAAAUGUAGCAACCCUGAUAGAUUAACACUCUGAAAAGGUUUAGCACACCAGAUAAAUGUAGAAACACUUGAACGAUUUAGCACACCUCAUAGAUUAGUAACCCUGAUAGAUGUAGUACUCUUUCUACAUUCAACACACCAGAUAGAUAGCAACCCUGAUAAAUCUAGCACUCGUGUAAGAUUUAGCGCACCUGAUAGAUGUAGCAACCCUGAUAGAUGUAGCACUCUUGAAAGAUUGAGAACACCUGGAAAAAUCUAGACUGACUAUAACUGUAACACACACACACACACACACACACACACAUACACACACGUCCGCAAACGCGCUUUUUCAUUUACAAUAAAUAAUUGUUUGUCAACACUGCCCUUGUCAGCACCACGCUGUGGUGGAUCACCGCUGAUGUCGCCUAGCCCACGUGUUAAUUUUUUACUCGUAAAAACUUUGAAUGACUUGUUGUCUGGCCCGGGGUCCCAGGACGGUGACCUGACUAUCGGUGGUUUGGCUCACAUUCACCCCCACUGAAGUCAAGGCCAUGAAUUAUUCAUUAGGGUGUCAAUUAGCCCACCCAACUGUUGCGUGCCGAUUCGUGCAUCCAUAACAACGGACAAGGGAGGUCAACGCACAAGAGAGGUCAACUAUGUCGCCAGCCCACAUGGCGUUUAAUCCGUCGUUUCAAAAUAAGUCGAUAAAUUUAAAUAGCUAAGGUAGUCCAUUGGUUUAUAUAGAUAGGUAGUCCAUUGGGUCACGUAGCUACGGUAGUCCAUUGGUUUAUAUAGAUAGGUAGUCCAUUGGGUCACGUAGCUACGGUAGUCCAUUGGUUCACGUAGCUACGGUAGUCCAUUGGUUUAUAUAGACAGGUAGUCCAUUGGGUCACGUAGCUACGGUAGUCCAUUGGUUUAUAUAGAUAGGUAGUCCAUUGGGUCACGUAGCUACGGUAGUCAAUUAGGUCACAUAGCUAGAGUAGUCCAUUAGGUCACAUAGCUACAGUGGUCCAUUAGGUCAGGUAGCUACGGUAGUCCAUUAGGUCACGUAGCUGCGGUAGUCCAUUAGUUCACGUAGCUGCGGUAGUCCAUUAGGUCAUGUAGCUGCGGUAGUCUAUUAAGUCACGUAGCUGCGGUAGUCCACUAGGUCACGUAGCUACGGUAGUCCAUUAGGUCACAUAGCUACAGUAGUCCAUUAGGUCUCAUAGAUGUGGUAGUCCAUUAGAUCAGGUAGCUGCGGUAGUCCAUUAGGUCAGGUAGCUGCGGUAGUCCAUUAGGUCACGUACCUACGGUAGUCCAUUGAUUUAUAUGGAAUGUAGUCCAUUGGGUCACGUAGCUACAGUAGUCCAUUAGGUCAGGUAGCUGCGGUAGUCCACUAGGUCACGUAGCUACGGUAGUCCAUUAGGUCACAUAGCUACAGUAGUCCAUUAGGUCUCAUAGCUGUGGUAGUCCAUUAGGUCAGGUAGCUGAGGUAGUCCAUUAGGUCACAUAGCUGCGGUAGUCCAUUAGGUCACGUAGCUGCGGUAGUCCAUUAGGUUAGGUAGCUGCGGUAGUCCAUUAGGUCACGUAGCUGUGGUAUUCCAUUAGGUCACGUAGCUGCGGUAGUCCAUUAGGUCACCCCGGGCUAUUUCUUUGUGAACCCCCCUCCCCCAUCCUCGCCCCACACCAAAAAUUACGAAGAUUCAACUCGUCGUUUUAAAAUCGUAUUCUCCUUUCCUUCAUUGUCACGUGUCUGAUAUCUCUUCACCAACUCUAUCUUUUUCUGACCUCAUCUCUCUUGUGUUAUUACCUGCAUUUUAUUUUACCACGCCCAUCUCUUACCUGCCCGGUGCAUAUCUUACCACGUCACUCCUUCUUGUUCAGUUAGAACCGGUAAGAGUAAGAGAUGGUUAAUCUUACUAUUUGUAUAUUUAUGUUUUAGACUUACUCGUCAUCAGUUGUUGCUUGCCGAAGAAGGCUUUUGGCCAACACAUCCAUCACGAUUUAAUUCGCGUUAUUUAUCUCAUUUUCUUAUUUCGCAACGUUGCCGCGGCACCCCCCCCCCACCUCAAUUCAAUUCCUGACCAAUUGAUUGGUCCAUUGAAACGGUAAUGUGCUCUCUUCUCUCCUUACGGCGUCAUCCAUUAUCUCCUUUCACUUACAACCUGCAUUACGCCGUAUGGAGCUGUCGUGGAACAGGAGUCUUUAAUUAGUUCUGUGAUAUGCUCUUCUGUUUCUUGACUAUUCGAAAUUACCUCAGCUACACCACAUGUUUCGCCACCGGUAUCACCACAGGUAUCGACUCAGAUAUCACCACAGGUAUUGCCAGAGGUAUCGCCACAGGUAUUGCUAAUUCCAGGUAGAUCAAAGUUAACAUGAGCACAAUAUCAACAUCACAACAACAACAAAAAUCGCUUUUUGCUUCACCUACUCAUACAAUUUUUUAAUACAAUUUAUGAAGCCAACCGAUUCACAGACCACGGGAAGUGCUCGUACAAACCAGCACGCGUCCCUUGACCAUGAGUUGAAAUCUCUGCUGUAGUUGGUCAUUGAACAAAAGCUCCUUGUGGCCUUCUCAGCUAUAGAAUAGCAACCGAGUUGUACCAAAUGAGGGUUGCCCAAAGAUUUUCAGCAGAAAGUGUUUGACUAUCCGUUGAAUGGACGUCGAUAAUAUUAUGUUUUACUCACUUUGAUGAUGUCCAGAUUUUGUCCAGUCUAAUGGGCAGUUCUUUCGGAGAUUGUUGAAGUAAAUCUAAUUGAAGGAUGAAACAUUUCCCAAAUAAAAGCAAUAAAAUUAUGACUUUUGUAAUGUUCAUGUUCUUGAUGACCUAUUCGAGUCUAGAACUUUUUGCCGCUUGGAAACAUUGCACCAAUGACAAUUAUAAUGAGAUGACAGUGAAAUAACGUCCAUCAGUUGCUGGUAUGUUGUAUGUUAAGGGUAAACCCUAAUUGAUUUAUAUGGAAAACAAACGUAUUAAAAGAUUGCGUUCGUUGACUCCAGAUGGUACUUGUCAAAGUCACAAAUUGAAACAGCUGCAAUGUCGUCUCCUGUUUGUUAUAUGCAUAACCUCCACCCAUUUCAUAUCUGUUCUUCUCUUCUUCGUUGUUGAGAGGGGCUUGUGCCCCCCCCCCUCCCCACACACACACAUACAGACUUUUUACGUCUGUCCCUUUUUACUUAAGCUCUAGGGUUUUUGUGAAAAAUCAAAUUUAAAUUCGUUUAGUUUUGAUUUUACUGACGAAGGUUUUAGACGAGACGUCAAAGAAUGGUGACUAACAAAUGGUCAGUGUUCAACUAUCCAUUAAAGAGUGAGAAUCUUGACGGUUUGCGACUGCGCUGGUGAGUCGUGUGUACCUUUGAACAUUCCGUACUGCUAGUGUUUAAGUCUCCGAUGUCAACGCAUGUGUAGGGUGUCCUGUUAAUUGCAAUCAUUAAAUUCAUCUUUUGAUCUAUCUUACGUAGCAUUUUGGUUUCAUUGAAAUUGCAUGUAAGCAUUCAUGCACAAACAUGUGCCCUUUACAUUCGCGGAAGCGAAGGGAUCAACAACCCGAUACGAGUCAACAACUCGAUACCAGUCCAGAAACCGAUACUAGUCCAGAACCCGAUACCAGUCAACAGCCCGAUACCACUCCAGAACCCGAUACCAGUUCGUAUUUUCGAAUAGGAUAAACGACUUUAUUGUACAUCGGUGAUUAUCAACAUGUCUGCCAAAAUAUUUUCGAAGAUGUGUUACCGAGAGCCUUGAAAAAUAAGUAAAAUUGCGAACUUUUGCUCUUGUUUUAAUGGAGAAAAAAAAUGAAACUUUAAAAAAUGUAAUGCACUUUUAAAAAUCAUUUUCUGCUUGGUGUUAAUUGUGAAUGUAGUUCACAUGAUGGUGGGUAGGGUUGGGGGGAGAGACAACGAGAAAAAUUGAGAGGGGAGCCGUAUUUUCGAUUUGGCAGUAACUAUUCAUAUCAAGUUAAAGUGUAUUUCAAUUCUGCACAGCUCUGUAUAUUUUUAAGGUCAAAUAAUGCGUAGAGAAAAUCCCAGCGUGUUGAUUUUCUCACUGCAUGGUUCACAGAGAAACUCUCCCUUGAAAUCUUUGCCGAAAAAAUCUUCAAUCAGUCAUGAAUCAAGUCAUUCAAGUCGACCACUUCAAUCUCGACCACUUCAAUUUCGAUCACUUCAAUCUCGACCUUUUCAUUCUCGACCACUUCAAAGUUCAAUCUCGACCACUUCAAUUUCAAUCUCGACCACUUCAAUUUCAAUCUCGACCACUUCAAUCUCGACCACUUCAAACUCGAAUGUAUUAUUUCAUACAUAAUAAAUGUAUUAUUCAAUGUAUUUUGAAUGUAUUAUUUCAUACAUAAUAAAUGUAUUAUUCAAUGUAUUUUGAAUGUAUUAUUUCAUACAUAUUAAAUGUAUUAUUCAAUGUAUCAUAUAUAUUGAAUGAAUUAUUUCAUUUUCCCCGUGUUGCCCUUAAACGAUUGCAGAGUCUGGCGAACCGCAUCUACCCAGAGUCUCAGUGUGGCUUCAGGAGUGGGCGCUCAACAAUAGACAUGAUAUUUUCGCUAUGCCAAAUGCAGGAGAAAUGUCGCGAAAAGCAUAUGCCUCUUUAUAUUGCCUUCAUAGACCUGACCAAGGCAUUUGACCUGAUAGGUCGAAGAGGGCUUUUCAGUAUCUUGCAAAGAAUAGGUUGUCCCCCAUGACUGCUCACAAUAAUACAGUCACUUCACAAAAACAUGCACAGCACAGUAACUUUCGAUGGCACUGUCUCUGAGUCAUCCCAGUUAGCAGCGGAGUAAAACAGGGUUGUGUACUGGCACCAACGCUAUUUUCAAUUUUCUUUUCGAUGCUCCUUCAAUUUGCUUUCAGUGACUGUGAAAAUGGAGUGAACCUCCAUACAAGAUCUGAUGGAAGACUGUUCAAUAUCACCCGCCUUCAUGCAAACACCAAAGUAAAAAAGGUGCUGAUUCGUGAACUGCUGUUUGCUGACGAUGCCACCUUAACAUUUCACACAGAAGAAGGUCUGCAGGGCUGGUUAAUCGCCUAUAACAUGCUUGUAAAGAGUUUGGACUUUCGAUUAGUCUACAGAAAACUCAUGUAAUGAUGCAAGAAGCACCGUCACCUCCAGCCAUAUCUAUUGAGGGUCAUAAUCUUUCAGUUGUUGAUCAUUUUAUAUAUAUGGGAUCCAAUAUUUCUAGUUCUCUCUCCGUUGAUGAAGAGAUGAAUAUCAGGAUUGCAAAAGCAGCAGCAACUAUGGCUAAACUGAAUAAGCGGGUGUGGAAUAAUCUCAAUCCAAAUGAUAAAACAAAAAUGAGUGUCUAUCAGGCAUGCGUGCUUAGCACGCUCCUAUAUGGUAGCGACGUGUGGACCACAUACACCAGUCAGGAGCGGAAACUCAACAGCUUCCAUCAAAGAUGUCUGCGUCGCAUUUUGCGCAUUCGUUGGCAGGACAGGGUGCCUAUCGUGGAGGUUUUGGAACCUGCACACAUGUUUAGCCUAUUCUCCUUUCUUAUCAAGAGACGCCUAUGCUGGUUAGGUCAUGUACGGAGAAUGGAGGAAGGACGUAUCCCAAAGAUACUGCUGUAUGGAGAGUUGGCAGAGGGGACAAGACAUUUUGGACGACGCGCCUGAGAUUUAAUGACGUUUGCAAACGAAGCAUGAGGGAAGCCAAUAUUGAAACAAACGAAUGGGAGUUCAUUGCCGAACAUAGCUCCAACUGGCGAACAGCAGUGUUUGAAGGAGUAAAAAUGGCAGAAGAUACUCGAAACGAGGCUCUCGAAUAAAAAAGAACAAUUCGGAAAUCAAGAAUUUACCGGGAUUCAACAUUCUCCUGCGAGAGAUGCGGCCGUGAUUGCCAUUCUAGGAUUGGCCUAGUGAGCCACUCGUUAAAGUGAAGAACUAUAUAGCUACUCCAUCGUCUCACGGAGACGGAAGGAUGCCAUAUAUAUUUCAUGCUUACUAAAUGUAUUAUUCAAUGUACCAUAUAAAUUAAAUGUAUUACUUCAUGCAUACUAAAUGUUUUAUUUAAUGGAUGCUUAUUUAUAUAUGACAAGAUCGUACGUUAAUUUGUGUCAUUUUGUUAUUUUUUUUUAAUGAGCACGCUAUCUAUUUAUAAUAUGUUUGAAAAUACUUAUAUGUAUUACAUUUGGAAUUAUGCAUAUCUAUGAUAUUUAGUGAUAAUAAGGGGAGAGACUGAAAUCAAGUUAGCAAAAUAAGAAAUGGGAGAUCAUUGAAGUGAGAAGGUACAAACUAGUUAGUCAGUGGAGAUGAGAGUGACCUGAGGACAAGUGGUCGAGCCGUGAAGAAUGUUUAGUGAACAAUGUUUUUGUAAACUGUCAGUUGCAACAAAGGAGAAAACGUCGUCAUUGCUUUCAUUGAACGUUGGUUAUUGAUAUUAAUUAACAAUCAGUCAUGGCUGUGUCUGUGUGUCGUGAAGUGUGAACCAGUCAUGGCUGUGUCUGUGUGCAGCGAAGUGUGAACCAGUUAUGGCUGUGUCUGUGUGCAGUGAAGUGUGAACCAGUCAUGUCUGUGUCUGUGUGCAGCGAAGUGUGAACGAGUCAUGGCUGUGUCUGUGUGUAGUGAGGUGUGAACCAGUCAUGGCUGUGUCUGUGUGCAGCGAAGUGUGAACCAGUCAUGGCUGUGUCUGUGUGCAGCGACGUGUGAACCAGUCAUGGCUGUGUCUGUGUGUAGUGAGGUAUGAACCAGUAAUGGCUGUGUUUGUGUGUAGUGAGGUGUGAACCAGUCAUGGCUGUGUCUGUGUGCAGUGAGGUGUAAACCAGUCAUGGCUUUUUCUGUGUGCAGCGAAGUGUGAACCAGUCAUGGCUGUGUCUGUGUGCAGUGAAGUCUGAACCAGGCAUGGCUGUGUCUGUGUGUUGUGAGGUGUGAACCAGUCAUGGCUGUGUCUGUGUGUAGUGAAGUGUGAACCAGUAAUGGCUGUGUCUGUGUGUUGUGAAGGAAGACAAUGGCGACAGAACUAUAAACAACCGUUUGAUUGCCAGCACUGAACGUCAAACGGAAAUGGGAUCCUGACACCAAUCACAACCAACCACAGUCGGUGUAUGGGAUUCGGUUCACAUUGUAUGGUAACUCCUGGGCGUACCUAGACAGGAAGUGAUAAUAGAGUGGGGGGGCGUGUUUUAUUUUAUGGUAAGGAAAUAGCUGACGAUGGAAUGUUGGUGUCACCGAUGCACCCUGAUAUCCCUGGAUAUCCCCAACCUCUUGUCAACAAAAUUGAAAAUUAAUUUUAAUGAUAACUUAUCUUAUAACUAUAGAGAUCAUAAUGUUUAGACUCCAUGACACAUAAUCGUGGAUGUGUUUUAUUUUAUUUUUUUCUGUCUAAUGUAGAAAUUACUAACAAAAAAACAAAAAAACAAGUUUCUUAAUAGAUUAGUUCCACUAUUAAGUCGGGUGCCAAUGACUGAUAUUAAAUCUGAUCUUCUCCGUGUUUCAGCUGUCACAGUCAGGUUCCUUACAAGACGAUUUAUUGGCGAGUACAGCUCAGAUAUCGGUAGGUCACUUAAAUAGUCAAUCAGUAGGUCACUUGAAUAGUCAAUCAGUAGGUCACUUGAAUAGUCAAUCAGUAGGUCACUUGAAUAGUCAAUCAGUAGGUCACUUGAAGAGUCACUCAUUAGGUCACAUGAAUAAUCACUCAGUAGGUCACUUGAAUAGGCAGUCAUUGGGUCACUUGAAUAGGCAGUCAUUAUUAUGAUCUAAAUUCUUACAGCAUUAUUAUUUUUCUUUAAAAAUUGUGUCAUCAUUAUAAUUAAUACUUUUCUUACAGCUUAAUGGCAACAUAUAUUUACUUGUCAGUCACACCCAAAUUAGUGGGAAAGCUCUAAAUAUAAAUGCAUGGUAGGGCUUAUUCGCAAGGCAACUGGUGCAUAUGAGAUGAAUCAUUAACUGAUGAAUCGAUGUUAGGAUGGACGAUAGAUAAACGCGUCGUGUGUUUGUAGAUGAACCAGUCGAUAAGGGCGAAGUGUACGGGUGUCCAGAUGAAGGGAGAUUGGUGACUGUCUUCAACAGUAUUGGGGGCGCUGAAUGUACGAAUGUCUGAUACCGGGUGUGUGGACAGGUAUUUAUGAACGGACGGUUCUGGCCAAACGAUGCUUGUAGAGAAGCUAGUUAGUAGGAUACGUUCUUUCCUUCAUUUUCCAGAUCUACUCUAUCGCUCUACUAUUAGACAAGAAGAUGUCAGCAUUGAGUUGGAGAUACUGGAUACAUGCUGUAAGCAGGUGAGUUGGAGAUACUAGAUACAUGCUGUAUGAAGGUGAGUUGGAGAUACUAGAUGCGUAUUGUAAGCAGGUGAGUUGGAGAUACUAGAUACAUGUUGUAAGCAGGUGAGUUGGAGAUACUAGAUGCAUGUUGUAGGCAGGUGAGUUGGAGAUACUAGAUACAUGCAAUAGGCAGGUGAGCUGCUGCGUAGAAAAAUGGCUUGAUUACUAAAGAAACAAGUCAACGUUAGAAAUUGGAGACUUUGGUAUUUAAAAAAUAAAUUAGCAAGUGCGCUAGGGUCCCUUGAAAACAUAUUUGCUUUUAUUCCAUUAAAAUAUAGCGCGUGUAAGUUUUCCUUAACAAGAAUGCUGGAGGACACGCCCGUAUGUUUGCACCACGUGACCCUUUGGUCUGACAAUGCACUAAUAGUUUUAUAAAGUUUCUGCAAACAAUUCCCCACCCCCCCCCCCACUCCACUCCCAGACUCACCCCUCCUCUAGCCCCCAUGAUCGCCCUCCCACGGCCCGCACAUAGGAGGCAUCUUUUAUUCAUCGAACUCGUGCGACACCCCAUUAAGCCAUCAGUUGAGGGGGCACGUGUGUUGCAACAUAGAUAGACAUGGGAUAGCUGGUCAAGUAUUAAUGGGACACGUGGUAGUUUUCAUAUACAUCAGACAUGUAGCAAUGUACUGAUGGGGCUGAUGGUAGUUUUCAUAAAUAUACAUCAGACAUGUAGCAAUGUACUGAUGGGGCUGAUGGUAGUUUUCAUAAAUAUACAUCAGACAUGUAGCAAUGUACUGAUGGGGCUGAUGGUAGUUUUCAUAAAUAUGCAUCAGACAUGUAGCAAUGUACUGAUGGGGCUGAUGGUAGUUUUCAUAAAUAUACAUCAGACAUGUAGCAAUGUACUGAUGGGGCUGAUGGUAGUUUUCAUAAAUAUACAUCAGACAUGUAGCAAUGUACUGAUGGGGCUGAUGGUAGUUUUCAUAAAUAUACAUCAGACGUCUAGUAAUAUAAUGUUUGGGCAUGGCGUAAUGUUUAAAAUAUGUUGUUGUUGUUCAUGUUGUUGUUGUUGUUCAUGUUGUUGUUACUUAAUCUUAGAUAUUGCGUCGCUAAUUGCUACAAGUGAUUUCGUUUCGUUUGUAUCAAUAGAUUUAUGAAUAUCAUUACUAUGAAUGUGAAUGGUUUCAAAUGGAUGGUUGUGAGCAAAAAGGGGUAUUGUUUUUAAAAAAGGUAUCGUAGUGGUCUCUGCUUAUGACGAUAUUUAUGACUACACACCAUAUUUAUGACUACACACCAUAUUUAUGACUACACACCAUAUUUAUGACUACACACCAUAUUUAUGACUACACACCAUAUUUAUGACUACACACCAUAUUUAUGACUACACACCAUAUUUUGGAACGUCUGAUUCCCACUGGAGCUAAGGAAAAUUACAAUAUAUUUCCUCACCUUCCAGUCUCUUGCAAUAUUCUCAGCCAUUUCUGAUCUUAAUAACAUCUCUGUCUACCUCUUUACAACAGAGCCUCUUAAGAACAUCAUUGUGUACCUCUUUACGACCGAGCCUCUUAAGAACAUCACUCUCUACCUCUUUACAACAGAUUCUCUUAAGUACAUCACUGUCUAGCUCUUUACAACAGAGCCUCUUAAGUACAUCACUGUCUACAUCUUUACAACAGAGCCUCUUAAGUUCAUCAUUGUCUAUCUCUGUACAACAGGGUCUUUAUUGUACAACACUGGUCUACCUGUUUACAACAUGGCCGACACAUGACUUUUGGAGGUCACCGGCGGCUUUUCUGUUCUGGUGAUAAUUUGUCUUCACACUACGACUUUAAGUCCCGUAAAUAUCCGGGGCCUCUGCUCCCGGAAGAAAUGUUUGCCCAUAAGCUUCUUGAAAGGAAUGUCUUGUAAAACUCAAUGGAACAUCCAUUUUCUCGAUUCCAACGCUCCACACAUCCACAACUCCCCCCCCCCUCUUUUCCCUUACGUUAAUUCACUUCAUUAUUUGAAUGACGGGGUGCUUUAACGUCAUUUCCUCCACAGAGUCAGACACCCGACGUCGAGGAGACCACGUCCAGCUGGGCUGAUGCCUUCGUCGUAGUGUACAGCGUCCUCAGCAGGUCCUCGUUCCUCACAGCGAAGUCCCUCUUGGAGACGAUCUCUAGAGUCAAGAUGUCCGCCUGCGUCCCGACGCUGUUGCUAGGCAACAAGACCGACCUUGAGCACGUCCGGGAAGUGGGGGCCGAUGAAGGUCACAAGGUUCGUGCACCCGUACGGGAGUUUGAACUCUUUUAAAAUCUUGCAGCAUAACAGUGCAUGUAGAUUCACUCCUGAUGAUAUCCACAUGAGGAACAAUGUCAUGAACAAGGUUUGGAAAUGCAAUAUUCUAUUGACCGCAUUGAUUGCUAUCAUGACGUUAGAAUUGAUCAAAAUCGUAGUCACUGAAUAUUUUCUAAAUAUAAUUAUAAUUGGGUUGUCGACUUGAUUUUUCCAGGCCGCCAUAGAACAUGGGUGCAUGCACUUCGAGGUGUCCGCCGCGGAGAACCCUGUGGGGAUUUCUCUGGCGUUCCAGUCUUUGCUGCGGGAAGCAAGGAUUGCGCACCACCAGAGGAAUGGCGCGCUGAAGCGCCGGAAGAGCUCGCUGGUGAACAUGUCCAAAAGGCUGGGCGCCAUGUUCGGCAAGAAA